UGGAGAAAAAAAGAGCAGGAAUGGUAUUUAUGCAACAACAGUUCAUUACAGGACACAGAGCACCCUGGACAGAAGUAUAAUAACUUUUUAAACCAGAAAGAAACUUCCAAGGCUAGUUUUCCAAAGUAAAAUGGGCACCAACAGCAAAACUAUUAAAUGCAAAGCAGCCGUUGCCUGGGAAGCAGGCAAGCCCCUUAGCAUUGAAGAGGUUGAGGUAGCUCCCCCUAAGGCUCAUGAAGUUCGCAUUCAGAUAAUUGCCACUGCCCUAUGUCAUACUGAUGCCCACAUCAUCAAUCCGAAAUUUAAGGAGGUACUUUUCCCAGUGAUCCCUGGCCAUGAGGGUGCAGGAAUUGUGGAAAGUGUUGGACCAGGAGUGACUGCCUUCAAACCAGGUGACAAAGUAAUUCCACUCUAUACUCCUCAAUGUAAAAAAUGCAAGUUCUGUCUGAGUCCACUCACGAAUCUUUGUCAAAAACUCAGUCGAGUCAAAAAUCCUAUUAUUGACCAAGAACUAAUGGAAGACAAAACCAGCAGGUUUACCUGCAAAGGAAAACCAGUUUACCAUUUCAUGGGGACCAGUACCUUCUCUCAGUAUACUGUAGUGUCAGAUAUUAAUCUUGCCAAAGUAGAUGAUGAUGCUAAUUUAAAGAAAGUUUGUCUGAUUGGAUGUGGAUUUUCAACUGGCUAUGGAGCUGCAAUCAACACUGCGAAGGUCACCCCUGGUUCAACUUGUGCCAUCUUUGGCCUAGGAGGCGUUGGUCUUUCUGCUCUAAUUGGUUGUAAAGUAGCAGGAGCUUCCAGAAUCAUAGCUAUUGACAUCAAUAGUGAAAAGUUUACUAGGGCCAAAGCCCUUGGAGCCACUGACUGCCUCAAUCCUAGAGACCUAGAUAAACCCAUCCAGGCGGUCAUCAUUGAAAUGACCAAUGGAGGUGUGGAUUUUGCCCUUGACUGUGCAGGUGGAUCUGAAACUAUGAAAGCAGCCCUGGACUGCACAAUAGCAGGUGGGGGAUCAUGUACUCUCAUUGGAGUAGCCAUUGGUGACAAAGGAUUGACCAUUUCUCCAGUGGAGCUAAUAAUGGGCCGUACUAUAAAUGGAACAUUCUUUGGUGGUUGGAAAAGUAUUGAUUCUGUUCCAAAGCUGGUUACUGACUAUAAGAAUAAGAAAUUCAAUCUGGAUGCACUGAUAACUGAUACCCUUCCUUUUGACAAAAUCCAUGAGGCAUUUGACCUAAUGUACCAAGGAAAAAGUAUUCGAACAGUACUAACAUUUUGAAGACACCAGGAAUAAUCUGGAAUACUAUCUGACUAAAUCUGAACCUGCCUAGUUACUUUAUAACCUGAUAUGAUGAACCAAGAGUCACCAUGACCAUGGAUAUACAUUGGGAAAACGACAGACUCUUCAACAGCUGUUAUUGGCAAAACUGGACAGCUACAUGUAAGAGAAUGAAACUGGAUUAUUAUCUAACCCCAUACACAAAAGUAAACUCAAAAUUAAUCAAAAACCUGAAUGUAAGUCAUGAAACCAUAAAACUCUUAGAAGAAAACAUAGGCAAAAAUCUCUUGAAUAUAAACAUGAGCAACUUUUUACUGAACGUAUCUCCUCAGGCAAGGGAAACAAAAUAAAAAAUGAACAAAUGGGACUACAUCAUGCUAAAAAGCUGCUGUACGGAAAAGGACACCAUAAGCAGAACAAAAAGGCAUCCUACAGUAUGGGAAAAUAUAUUUGUAAAUGACAUGCCCAACAAGGGGUUAACAUCCAAAAUAUAUAAAGAACUCACAUGCCUCAACACUCAAAAAGCAAAUAACCAGAUUAAAAAAUGGGCAGAGGAUAUGAACAGACACUUCUCCAAAGAAAUUCAGAUGGCCAACAGGCACAUGAAAAGAUGCUCCACAUCACUAAUUAUCAGGGAAAUGUAAUUUAAAAACACAGUGAGAUAUCACCUCACACCAGUUAGGACGGCCAACAUCAAAGAAAAGACUAGGAACAACAAAUGCUGGCAGGGAUGCGGAGAAAGGGGAACCCUCCUACACUGCUGGUGGGAAUGUAAACUUGUUCAACCAUUGUGGAAGGCAGUAUGGAAGUUCCUCAAAAAACUAAAAAUAGAAAUACCAUUUGACCCGGGAAUUCCACUCCUAAGAAUGCAGGAUCCCAGUUUCAAAAAGACAGAUGCACCCCUAUGUUUAUCGCAGCACUAUUUACAAUAGCCAAGAAAUAGAAGCAACCUGAGUGUCCAUCAGUAGAUGAAUGGAUAAAGAAGAGGUGGUACAUAUACACAAUGGAAUAUUAUUCAGCCAUAAGAAGAAAACAAAUCCUACCAUUUGGAACAACAUGGCUGGAGCUAGAGGGUAUUAUGCUUAGUGAAAUAAGCCAGGUGGAGAAAGACAAGUACCAAAUGAUUUCACUCAUCUGUGGAGCAUAAGAACAAAGCAAAAACUGAAGGACAAAACAGCAGCAGACUCACAGAACCCAAGAAUGGACUAAUAGUUACCAAAGGGAAAGGGACUGGGGAGGGUGGGUGGGAAGGGAGGAGUAAGGGGAAUAAGUGGCAUUAUGAUUAGCACACAUAACUUGGGGGGGGCACGGGAAGGCAGUGUAAGACAAGUAGUGACUCUAUAGCAUCUUACUACACUGAUGGACAGUGACUGUAAUGGGGUAUGUGGUAGAGACUUGAUAAUGGGGGGAAUCUAGUAACCACAGUGUUGCUCAUGUGAUUGUAUAUCAAUGAAAACUUAAUAAAAAAAAAAGAAAAA